GAGCACCCGCAGGCUGAGGGCAGGUGGGAAGCAAACCCGGACACAUCGCAGCAGCAGCAGCAACAGCAGCAGCAGCAGCAGCAGCAGCAGCAGCAGCAGCCUCCGCAGUCCCUCCAGAGACAUGGAUCCCCAGACAGCACCUUCCCGGGUGCUUCUGCUUCUGCUCUUCUUGCACCUGGCUCUCCCGGGAGGUCGUUCCCACCCACUGGGCAGUUCGGCCUCGGACUUGGAAACGUCUGGGUUACAGGAGCAGCGCAACCAUUUGCAGGGCAAACUCUCAGAGCUGCAGGUGGAGCAGAUAUCCCUGGAGCCCCCCCAGGAGAGCCCCCGUCCCACAGGUAUCUGGAAGGCCCAGGAGGCAGCCACUGAGGGCAUCCGUGGCCACCGCAAAAUGGUCCUGUACACCCUGCGGGCACCGCGAAGCCCCAAGAUGGUACGAGGGUCUGGCUGCUUUGGGAGGAAGAUGGACCGGAUCAGCUCCUCCAGCGGCCUGGGCUGCAAAGUGCUGAGGCGACAUUAAGAGGAAGUCCUGGCUGCAGACACCUGCUUCUGAUUCCACAAGGAGCUUUUUCCUCAACCCUGUGGCCAUCUUUGAAGUGACUCUAUUUUUUUUAAAUGUAUUUAUGUAUUUAUUUGAUUGUUUUAUAUAAGAUGGUUUCUUACCUUUGAGCACAAAAUGUCCAUGGUGAAAUAAAGUCAACAUUAUAAGCUUUA